AUGCGCCCAGGAAUGCGGUUGCAGGCAGCCUACAGGCCUGACGGUUCUCUGGACGCCCAGCAGACGGCCGUGAACUAUCUCUGGGCUUGGAGAGGCCAAAAUCGGCCACUUUACAUCUUCAGAGUAUGCAAGGCGGUCAAGCACGGGCACAGCAACCGUAACGACUUCAUCUACCGCAUCAGCCAGAUCAACAACGACAAUUCCAACAAGCCGCAGUAG